UUGCCAUCCACCAACUUUGUCUUUCCCAUCAAUAUUCUUGCUUAAUCAUUCUUCUGUAAUUUCAGUUCCCAAAAAAAAAAAAAAACACUCUCAAAUUUGAAGUAAAUCUUGAAUUUCCUUAUCUUUUGUUCUUCGCCAUGGAACUGGUGGGCGCAGUUGUUGGUUCAGCUCUAACCGAGCCUUUUCGGUUUCUGUUUGGAUCCAUCUGUGCUAGAAUCAAGAAUGUUUUCAAGAUCAAUUCAAAUUUGAAGGAUCUUGAGAAAAACAUGGAGUUUCUAUUGGAACUCAAGCAACGCCUAGACGAUGAUGAGUUGCAGCAACGUCACUUACCAAUAGUUCAAGUGCGAGAUUGGUUAAAGAGGGUUGAAAAGUUGCAGAGUGAAUUCGAUUCUGUGCAGUUACCAAUAACAACAAAUGGCAAUACAACUGGUGCCUCUGGUUGCGUGUGUUCACUUCGUUGCCGGUUGAGCAACAGAAUAGCAAAAGGGCUUGUGGAAGUAAAACAACUGAUUGGAGAUGGCAGAGCCUUUGAGGACAGGAUAGUGGGGGUUAAUCCUGUGCCUAAUGUUGAGUAUAUUCCGGCACCAUUUGUCGAAGGUCAACCAACAGCAAAAAGAAAUCUGGACAAGAUGAUGGGUUUGCUGAAGAGAAAUGAAAAGGCUAAGACGAUUGGGGUAUGUGGCAUGGGAGGAGCAGGGAAAACUACUUUAGUCAAGAAUGUGAACAAUGAACUCAGUAAGGACCCAAAAGAACAGGGUUUUGACAUUAUAAUAUGGGUCGUUGUGUCUCAAAAUGCAACUGUAGAAAGCAUCCAAUCAAAAAUUGCUGCGCGAUUGAGUUUGGCAAUGAAUAAAGAAGAGAGUAAAGAGAGCGCAGCUAGUGGUUUGUACAAGAAACUUAAGGGAAAAAGAUUUCUCUUAAUUCUUGAUGAUAUAUGGGAAGGAAUUGUUCUGAAUGAUGUUGGUAUUCCUCCACUUAAAGACCAUGAUAGCAAGGUCAUACUAACCACUCGAAAUUUUCAUGUAUGCCAAGAAAUGUCUACUGAUAUUGAGUUUGAAAUAGGUCGUUUGAGUGAUGAAGAAGCUUGGAUGUUAUUCUCUGAGAAAGUGGGGGAAGAAGUGGUGAAUGACGACCAAAUUAUGCCAUUGGCAAAGGCCAUUGUUGAGGAAUGCGAUGGAUUGCCCCUUGCACUUAUCACAGUAGGGGCAUCAUUGAGGAAAAAGACAGAGGUUGCACUGUGGAAAUGUGCAUUAGACGCCUUGCAGAAAUCAGAGCCUACUCAUAUUCAUGGUGUUGAAGAAAAGGUCUAUAAACCCCUCAAGUGGAGCUUUGAUUCUUUAAGAGGUGAGCAGUUGAAAUCUUGCUUUUUGUUUUGCUGCUUGUAUCCGGAGGACUUUGAAAUUGAUACUGAUAGACUAGUCCAAUAUUGGCUAGCUGAAGGUUUACUUGAUGAGCAACAAAACUAUGAGCAAUUACAAAAUGAUGUUAAACGCAUUGUUGACUGCUUAAUAAGCUCUUGUUUGUUAGAAAAGUGUGCAGUAGACAUUGAUAAAGUGAAGAUGCAUGAUGUAGUUCGUGAUGUUGGGGUAUGGAUAGCAAAAUCCUUAGAGGAUUGGUGCAAAUCUAUUAUUAGUCCUGGAAUUAGCGAGGUGCAGAUCUCACAGCAACUAUUGAGUUGUUCUUACAAAGUGAAGAGAGUAUCAUUUAUGGAUAGCAAAAUAGCAUUUUUGCCAGUCUACAACAUACAAUGUCCAGAGACAACAACUUUGUUUCUGCAAGGUAACAAGGGCCUUCAUGAAGUUCCUAACCAAUUUUUACAAGGAUUCCAAGUGUUAAGAACUUUGGACCUAAGUGAAAGCAAUAUCACGGUGUUACCUGACUCUCUUCUUCAACUUGGUGAACUUCGAGCUCUCAUUUUAAGAAAAUGCCAGUUACUACAUGAGUUGCCUCCCAUUGAAGCUUUGAGAAAACUUCAAAUACUUGAUUGUAGUGCUACUUCUAUAGCUAAAUUGCCAGUCGGCUUUGAAACGCUAGCAAACUUAAAGAUAUUACUCCUACGUGGAACUGCUAAGUUGAGAGAAAUUCCUACUGGAAUAUUUUGCAAGUUACAUAAGCUGGAGUGUCUGGUUAUGGAAUAUUAUGGUAUGCAAUGGGGAACUAUGAAUACAAUUAAGGCAAUUGCACCAUUUGAUGAUUUGCUAUGUCUAAAUCAAUUAAUUGUCUUAUGCAUAGUCUUAAAAGAUAUUCCCUGUCUCACAACUCAGCAUACUUCUUGGUUCAAAGGAAUUAAAAAGUUCAUAUUUCAUGUUAAUUAUUAUCGGAAGUGGUAUGGACCAAUUACAAAUGAAGUGGUUUUGAGAUACCUUCAUUUCUCAGGUGAUGAAAUGGUUGGGUUGUUGUUACUAAAUGCUCAUGAGUUUACUAUUAAGGAAUGUGAGAAAGUUGAUCUCAUGCUUGAUAGCUUGGUUAGAAAUAGUGCCAACCUUGGUCCCUUUGUUAACUUGAAGAGACUAUAUAUCAAAUAUUGUUGCCUAUUUGGGAAGCCAUCAUCCUUGGGGAGAUGUGUUGAACAAACGGACUUGUUACCUAAUUUAGAGGUCCUUAUUUUCAAGGAGGUGAGCGGAUUGGAAAGCCUUUCAAGUAUCAGUAAUUUUCUUGGACUACGUUUCACUAAGCUAAAUCACAUAUAUGUUGGUGACUGUGAUGAUUUGGAAAAUCUACUAGUAAUGGAUGGUACUCCCCAAAAGCUUGAAAAAGUGGAAGAAGUCUGUAUUGAGAGAUGCAAGAAAUUGACACAAGUGUUCAAGAACACACUUAUGGACAGCAUUGUUCCGAACCUUCGGACCCUGAAAUUGCAUACUCUUCCUGAACUAAAGGGAAUAUGCAAUGCAAAUGUAUCAUGGAAAAGUCUAGAACAACUUGAAGUGAGUAGGUGCAAUAUGUUGGGGAAAUUGCCUCUUGCUAUGCAAAGUGCAGAAAGUAUUCAGUCUAUACAGGGUGACCAAGAUUGGUGGGAUGCACUAGAAUGGGAUUCUGAAAAUUUCAAAGAGCAUCUACAGCCACACUUUAAACCAAUCCCUUAAGGAUGCAAAGGCUUCAGGCCACCUCAACAUGGCUAAGG